AUAAGUUUUUUCUAUUCUUCUUCUCACAUAUCAUCAAAAGAGAUUAGUUUUAUCAAAGGAAAGAGUUUCACGUUUCUACACAAUUUAAACAUUGCAAUGGAAAGUAGUGAUGAGGAAAAAUAUGAUUCAGUAAGUGAAGACGAAGCUUCAGUAAGUGAAUUCGAAGAAGAAAAAGAUGAUAUAGUCAACAAAGAGAACUACGUUAAAACUGAAGAGAAGAAAGAUGAACUGUGUAUUGGAAUGGAGUUUAGUUCUGAUGAAACUGCACAUAAAGCUUAUAAAAGGUUUGCAGGUGAACAUGGUUUCAAUGUAAGGAAACAACGGAGAAAGAAAAAAAAUGAUAAAGUAGUAAGGCUUCUCUAUGUUUGCUCAAAAGAAGGGUUUAGGAAGGAACCUAAGAUCAAGACAUGUUAUUCACAGCCAAUUACACGGUGUGGUUGUAAAGCUCAUAUGACUUGCUACCUUCAGAGGACGGGAAGAUAUAAGAUUGUGUCUUUCAACCAGAAUCAUAACCAUGAUUUAGUGAAGACGCCUAUGAAGCAUUUGCUGAAGGGAAACCGGAUGUUCUCUGUUGCUCAAAUACAACAUGCUGACGAUGCCGAGAUGUCAGGAAUUUCAGCAAAAUCAACUGUUGAAAUGAUGAGUAGAGAAGUUGGAGGGCGAGAAAAUCUGGGGUUUUUGGAAAAAGACUAUCGUAAUUACAUAUAUCGAAAGCGAAUGGAAAAAAUGGUAAAAGGAGAUGCUGGAGCAGUUUUGGAAUACUUUCAAAAAAAGAAAGAGGAUAAUUCAUCUUUUUUUUAUUCAAUGCAACUUGAUGAGGACGAUAUGAUCACGAAUAUCUUCUGGGCAGAUGAUCGGUCUAUAAGUGAUUAUAAUCUUUUUGGAGAUGUCGUUUGCUUUGACACAACUUACAAGACCAAUGAAUAUGAUAGACCAUUUGCUCCAUUUAUCGGGGUCAAUAAUCAUAAGCAAACUGUAGUGUUUGGUGCUGCUCUCUUAUAUGAUGAAACCACUGAGUCAUAUAAGUGGCUUUUCGAGACUUUUCUUGGAGCAAUGUCUGGAAAACAACCAAAAACUAUUCUUACUGACCAAUCUGCAGCAAUGGCGAAUGCAAUAGUGAAGGUAUUUCCUGAAACAAAACAUAGGUUAUGUGUUUGGCAUAUUUACCAAAAUGCUGCAAAAAAAUUGAGUCAUGUAUUUCACGGGCCAGGACAGUUUGCCACAGACUUUGGAAACUGUGUAUAUGACCAUGAGGAAGAAGAAGACUGGUUAUUGGCAUGGAGUAAUAUGCUCAAUAAGCAUAAUUUGUCAGAGAAUAAAUGGUUAAAGAAUAUGUUUGAGGUGAGAGAAAAAUGGGCAAUGGUAUAUGGACGUCAUACUUUUACAGCAGAUAUGGUGAGCACACAACGUAGUGAAAGUAUGAAUAAUAUUUUGAAAAGAUACUUGAAGAGUAGUUAUGACUUGUUGUCCUUCUUUGAACACUAUGAGAGAGUGUUGGAUGAUCGGCGAUAUAACGAGUUAAAUGCUGACUUCAAAAUGAUGCAUACCUCUUCGGUAUUAUCUGCUUCCGUAGAGAUGUUGCAACAUGCAGAGGAGGUGUAUACACCCGAAGUUUUUAAGUUGUUUCAGGAUCAAUAUACAGUUAUCGGUGAUUAUGUUGCUAAAAAAGUCAGUAAGUCUGAGAUGGUGUAUGAAUACAAAGUAUCUUAUCGUGGUGGACCGCGAGAGCAUUUGGUUAAUUAUGAUGCUACAAACCAAACGAUACAGUGUAGUUGCAUGAAGUAUUCUUUUGCUGGGAUCUUAUGUCGUCAUGCAUUGAAAGUAUUGGAUAAGAAGGAUGUUAGGAGAAUUCCAUCUAGCUACAUCUUGAAUCGAUGGAGUAAAGAAGCAAAAUCACGAAACAUAUCUUCUUAUCGUUCAGAGACAUUUAAUGGAACAGUAACGCAAUCGAUUGGAAAGCGUUAUAGCCAUUUAUGUCACAAUUUCCGUGAGAUUGCAUCUGUUGCUGCUGAACAUGUAGAAUUGACGAUGUGUGCGAAUGAAGCUGCAUGUGAAUUGCUUAAAAAAUUGGAGGAAAAGAAAAAAGAACUUGUGAAGGCUAAUGCAUGGAUGCUCCCAACUUCAAAUGUUGAACAUGUGGAAAGAGAAGAAGAAGACGAGGAAGUUCUAAAUGCACGUGGAAUUAAAAGAAAAGCUACUGUUGGACGACCAAAGAACAAAAAGGUCGGACCCCACGGUCGAUAUUUGAAUGCUCUUGAAACGAAAAAACGGGGUACAUCAAAGAGAAAAUUAUCGUUUCAGGUAUUUGAUAAAUAAUUCUUCUUUUUUCGUUUAUCUCCAAUUUCCAGCAAUACAUAUAUAUAUAUUAAUUACAAGAUAAAAUUGAUAAACGUUUCAGGAUUCAACUUUUGCUACCAGCAAUCCGACAUUACAGACAGAGCCAUUUUCCUCACAAGUACUACAAGUAAACUAUUCAUUCUUAC